UGGAGCACUAGUGUCGCUCCACCUGUCAAACGGUGACAAGUAACAACUGUUAACACUAACAGCAGUUCGUGUCGCGACUUUUAUAUGACUGAUAAAUUUGGUCGAACACUUCCAAGGAUGUUGUUUCUGCAGUGUGUAACAUUUGCUGCAAACUGGGAGUAGUAUCUCAUAUUCAGGAAGGAGGAAUACCUGAUUCCCUGUUCAGUGAUGCCUGGAAGCAGUUGAAGCAGGGAUUGAGAUUUACUGGCAACUGUAAGGAACUCUUCUAAUGGAUGACCUUAUCAAAGGGACAACUGUCUCGAGAGAGACAGUAGCACCGGGAACAGCUCUCUGUGGAAUAGAUAAUCUUCCAGACGAGGUUCUCAUCGAAAUAUUCUCCUACUUGCGGCUGUGUGACUUGACGUGGUGUUCGCACACGUGCAGCAGGUGGCGUGCCAUUCUACGGGAGGAGAAGUCGCUGUGGAGGCGCUGGCAGUGCGCGACGUACGACGUGGGGAACGUGAGGGAAGUGCUAGCUACGGCGGGUGCGGUGCCGCAGCUGGAAACGCUCUACCUCCUCUACUCCGGCUCGUUCGGGAUCCACGUCGCCUGGCCGGAGGCCACCGUCUUCCACCACUACGGCGACGCCCCCCUGACGUGGGAGCCGUACUUCCGGUGUUUUGAUACCGAGUGCCUCGUGAUAGACCACUCGAUGCAGAAAAACAUUUUUUUCUACUUGUCGUGGGUCGACCGCCUCACGUUGAGGAGGAUAUUCGUCGUAGAACAGUCGUAUUUUUGUAACCCGUCCGAAAGUACGUGUGAAUCCGCCGGGCCGGUUCGCGAAGCUGCUAGUGCGGACGGUCCCGUACGGAGGGUCAGAGACAUACACCGUGACCUCUUCUCCGGGAAGGGUCGCCGCCGCGGCAGUGCCUCGGAGGUCCCCGCUGCGACGUCCGGAGCGGACGCUGCCGUGUGCCCGGCGUUGGAGGAAGUGAAUGUGUUCAGCAAGUACAUCUGGGACGAACACCUCGAGAGGCUUUGCAGUCUGGGCCCAGUGCGCACCUUGCACGUCCGGUGCCAGCGGCUCCGCAGCCUGACUUUCGUGCGGGGCUGCAGCGCGACGCUGGAGGAGCUGGAAGUCUCGGACUGCCGACGCCUCUUGGAGGACGCGUUCGCAGAUCUACGCUAUCUGGAGAGGUUGCGCGUGCUGCGGCUGUCGGACUGCCACGUCGAGGCGCAGACUGUCGGCAGUUGUGUGGCCGGCCUUCCCCACUUGGAGUCCUGUACGAUAAAUGGGUGUGAAGUCCUUCAGGAUCUCUCCUCGUAGGAUCCUUGUGCUGUAGCCUGUGUCCGCAGAUGUAGUGGUGUGUCCUGUAUCCUUACUUUAAGACACUGACUUGUUGAAAUUUUCUUGUGAUAACAUAUCAUUAUUUCGAGUCAAUAAAUAUGAUGUGUUGGAAGAAGGGCAGUGAGAGAGAUGGGCUGAUCUUGUGCAAUAUAUUAUACAAUUUUUUAUUUGACAUUAAAUAUUGUAAAAUUAUGUAUAUAUUUACUAUGACUGUUCUAAAACUAAAGAACAUUUUGAUACGA